CUCAAGACGUCAACGAACUGCGAUUGUCCACGACGUGGUAUUUAUUCAGACAAAUUGACUUAUUAUGGCUGAUGCAGAGGCUAAAGCUAAGGCGGAGAAGCUGGCGGCGGCAAGGAAGAGGGUCGAACAGCUGAAGAAGCAGAAGGGAAAGAAAGAAGGCGCAUCAGCGAAGAAGCAAGAAGCAGCUGCAGAAGAAUCGAAAGACAAAGCUGAAGCUGCGCCUGCAGAAAGCCCCGAUGUAGAAACUACGAAAGCAACAGAGGAGGACAAGAGCGCAACUCCAGAGGAGGACACCUCGAAGGUCAUCGACGACGCAGGCUCUCCUCCGCCUGCUGGAGGCCACAAGGCCAGGCAACCAUCUCUAUCAGUUCAAUCGAAGAUGCGAUCCUCCUCAUUCCGACAAGGUGCAGGUCCAGGACCGCUGUCUCCACCGAUACUUAGCCCAGAGGGGGGUGACACAGCACCAGAAAUCCACCGCAGACAACAGGCCAAGAUCGAAGAACUAGAGAGGGAGAACAAGAGGCUUGCCAAGGAGACUUCAGAGAGCGAGCGCCGAUGGAAGAAGGCUGAGGAGGACCUCGAAGAGCUGCGUGAGGCUGACACUGAGAGCAAGACGGCUGGAUCGACAGCACCAUCAAGCGACGAAGCACAAAAGCUAAAAUCCCAAGUCGCUUCCCUCGAGCGCCAAAACGCCCACCUCCAAGCCCAAGUCUCCCGCCCCAACCGCCACGGCUCCUCUCCUUCAGCCCCACACUCCCUCUCCCCGCCCUCCGACCUCGCUGCCGAGCUUGCCUCUAAAUCAACAACUAUAGAGACAAUGGAACUCGAGAUCUCGAACCUUCGCGCCCAGCUCGCCCGCACAGCCACUGGCUCCACAGCAGAGAAAGAGCAGAUCGCCGCCCUCGAAGACAAAGUCUCGCGCACCCAAAAGUCCCUCGACACAGCACAGCACGAACUCGCAGACCUGAAAAAGAACCUUGAGCGCACUGCUGAACGUGCCGUGCGCGAAGGCUCCUCUCGCACAUCAGCUGAGACGAAACUACGCACCCUCGAGCGCGAAGCCGAGGACGCAAAGACCCGCGCAGUUGACCUAGAGAAGAAAGUCGAGGCGCUGGAGAAGAAAAUCACUACUCUGACGACUCUCCACAAGGAGCACGACGCGCGCAGCCAAACACUCAAGCGCGAACGCGAAAAGGCAGACAAGGACGCCGCGGACCUGCGCACAAAGCUCGCAGCCGCGGAGGCAGCAAACCGCGGCGACGACGAUGGCGUCGAUGACAUCGAGACGGAAGUCCGGCAGCGCCUCGAGCGCCGCAUCCGUGAGCUAGAGGCUGAAGUGGCAGAACUGAAGCGCGGACUGUGGCGCGAGGGGAGGAAGGAGCUCGAGGCUGGCAGCCCAGGCGCACAGUUCUCGGAUAUAGACUUGAGUGGGGGUGAGAGGGCAAGGGGGGGCGGUGGAAUCGGCGAGAUGCUGAAUUAUGGAAUUAAUGCGCUGACGGGGGUGGGACAACAUGGUGCUAGCGCGCAUGGCGGGCAUGAUGAUGGGCUGUUGGAUGAUGAUGAAGAUGAUUUUGAUGAGGAGGCGUGGCGGAAGGCGCAGGAGGAGGAGGGGAAGAGGAGGAUUGAGAGGAUUAGGGAGGUUAAGAGGGGGUUGGAUAAGUGGAAGGGGUGGAGGGUCGAUUUGGUUGAGGUUAGGAGGGUUGGAGGAGAGAGGAUGGGCGAGGUGUUUGAGGUGUGAUGUAAAAUGAGUUGGCUUUAUUGGAUCUUGAACUGGUGCUACGGAACCUUACGGGGCGGAACUGGUAGGGAAGGAGGUGUUAGAGUGCGAUUACAUGUUUUUCUUUAUAGUUAAAUCUAGAUGUAUAUCAAUGCAAAAAGGGAU